AUGGCAAGUCUUCAAUCUUCAGGCGUUAUUGGUUCAUUGCCUCAUUCCUUAUCUUGUUGCCGGAGAGGAAUGAUAAGAGCUACUAUCAAUAUGCCUAAGCUCCGGACUGGCGGCCUAUCUCUGAAGCUCCCCGCUAGAGAUCUGGUACAGGAAGUACUGGACAUGGGAGUUGGUCUCACAGCUGCAACCACCAGCCAUGUAGAGAAGAAAUACGAGUCCAGACCUAAUACUACUUUGCCUUCUGUGAGCAAUGUUUCUGAUCCUAUGGUGAUUGCUAAGCUCCAUGCAAUGAUGGAGGCUGUUGCAGAUAGAGUGGAGAUGCACAAGAAUAUCGGGGAGCAGCGUGAUAAUUGGAACCAUCUUCUUUUGACAUCCAUUAAUGCAAUCACACUCACUGCUGCAACUAUGGCUGGAAUUGCUGCUACAAGUGUAGGAGGACCCCUUGUGGCCCUCAAGCUCUCUUCAACUCUGAUGUAUUUGGCAGCCACUGGGAUGUUGGUGGUGAUGAAUAAGAUCCAGCCAUCUCAACUGGUCGAAGAACAGCGCAAUGCUGCGAGGCUGUUUAAGCAGCUUCAUGGCCAGAUUCAAAGAACACUCUCUUGUGGCACUCCUACUAGUACCGAUAUUGAGGAAGCCAUGGAGAAAGUUUUGGCACUGGACAAGGCAUUCCCGCUUCCUUUACUAGGAGCCAUGCUUGAUAAAUUCCCCGAAACUGUGGAACCUGCUGUAUGGUGGCCGCAGCACAGGCAAAGACAGGAAAGGCAGAGUGGGAGAACAGAUGGAAAUGGCUUAGCGGCUUGUGGAACUGCGUUCGUGGGAUCUUCUCAGGGUCCCUGGGCCGCCACAUUAGGAGUCGUAGCUGGAGCCAUGGCAAGCGUGGUGAACACAAUGGAGCAUGGCGGGCAAGUGGGCAUGGUGUUUGAGAUGUAUAGAGGCAACGCAGGCUUCUUCCGGAUGAUGGAAGAGAGCAUAGAGUCAAAUCUGAAUGAAAGAGAUGUGGGGAGAAGAGAGAAUGGGGAAUUGUUUGAAAUGAAGGUGGCUCUACAGCUAGGAAGAAGCUUGUCCGGGCUCAAGGAUCUGGCAGCAUCCUCUUAUUCUUCUUCCAAAAAGGAGAGGCCAUUGAAGAGUUCGCAAGCAAGCUCUUCUAAUAUCAUGGUGGUUCAUCCUCAGUUUUGUUGA